CAACAGAUUAAGCCACUCCUCCACGAGAUACUGUUACUGUGACCAGCCCCAAGAAUGCAGCAGCAACAACAGCGCCGAAUGUUCACAGUUGCCCUCUUGGCAUUCAUUUUUGUUCUGGCAGCCAUGGGUACUACCGAGGCUGGCAAAAAAGAGAAACCAGAGAAGAAAGUGAAGAAGUCUGACUGUGGGGAGUGGCAGUGGAGUGUGUGUGUACCCACCAGUGGAGACUGUGGCCUAGGGACCCGUGAGGGUACACGUACUGGAGCUGAGUGCAAGCAAACUAUGAAGACCCAAAGGUGUAAGAUCCCCUGCAACUGGAAGAAGCAGUUUGGAGCAGAGUGUAAAUACCAGUUCCAGGCUUGGGGAGAAUGCGACCUGAAUACUGCCCUGAAGACUCGAACUGGAAACCUGAAGAGAGCUCUUCACAAUGCGGACUGCCAGAAAACAGUCACCAUCUCAAAACCCUGUGGGAAGCUUACCAAACCCAAACCUCAAGAACCCAAGAAGAAGAAAAAGGAAGGCAAGAAGCAGGAGAAGAUGCUAGAUUAAUAGAAGCCAUGCUGGGCAGCAGGAGAAAGGGACAUCAGCAAGUGUAAUGGGUUAACAGUUUCAUUUACAUCUAGGCAAUUUACCCUAAAAUUAUUUAUAGUUUAAUUGUACAAUAGAAGAAACACACACACACACACACAAUCCUUUUUUUAAAAGUUUACUCUAGUAUUUUUAAUGUAUAACCCUAACAACAUUUUAGAGGACUGCAAUAAAGAACUGUAAUUUCAUUCAGAAAAUUAUUUCUAUUGUAUGUUGAACAAUGUAGAGUAUUUUAAGGCAUGUUUUUCUCAAAUCAUAUUUUAGUGGUUGAUCCAGACAAGUUACUCCAUGCAGGCAGAGCUCUGAGCCUGUGGAAGUCAGUGGAGCGGUGUGUGAGAGCAGGCAUCUGCUCACAUGCAAUAAUGUGUAGGAUUGAGGCCUUAGAUCUGAAACAAAGGAGACUUUUUUGGUGGGGGAGGGGAUAUUUUAAAAUGAAUAUUCUGAUUAUUAGAAUGCUGUGUCGAAACUAUCUGUUUGGGAGUAGGUGGGAAGGACUAGUAUUUACAGACAAAAAGUAAGAGGGGGUGGGACAGGUUUAAAUUCCCAGUGUUUCUACCACAGGCACUUUAUUGGCAUCAACAAUAGUGAAAUAAUCUCUAGAAAGCUGGGGUUGGCAAAGUCCUCAAUUUUCACAGUGUUGCACUCAGCUGAAAAAGAGCUUGUCACAGUCAAACAAUACCAAAACUCUUCUUUUGUUUUCAUGAAAAAUUCAAGGCAACAGAGGAAAAACGUUUCCCUCUCUCUGCAUGAAAUCCUGCAAAAAUACCUUUACCCUGCCCUCUUCAAGCAGGGGAGAAUAUCCUUUUCAUGCAGUCUGAUUGGGAUCAUUGGGUUUUUGCCUUAUCAGUCUUCCAUUGAUACCAAUGAGAGCCUGCCUAUUGAUUUCAAUUAGAAUUGGUUUCAGCAGAAAAAUUGAAAUAAAUUAUUUUUUAAAAAGUCACAGGCUUUUUUCCAGAAAACAAAACGGGGAAAAAAUUGGGUUGGAAGCCAAAAAUUAGAUUUUUUUUCAUUUAGCCCCUUUAUCUCCCUUUUUCUUUUAUUCCAUUAGAAAAAAGGGAAAGUGAAAACCAAGAAAGGUUUUGUUUUCCAUUAAAACUUGGAAAAUGUCAGUCAAAA